AUGGUAACCUUUACAAUUAGGAAAAACCUCCUACUAGCCAUCAUCACUAUGGUCGGAAUUUUAGGUGGGCUGAUGCCAGAAACCGUCGUUGCUCAGACUUGUGGUUGUGCAUCAGGACUUUGUUGUAGCCAGUAUGGAUAUUGCGGAACUGACGCUUAUUGCGGCACUGGAUGCCAAGCGGGGCCUUGUUAUUCGAGUACUCCAAGUACUCCAACUCCAACUCCGAGUGGCGGGUCAUCGUCAACUGUGGCUAAUAUAGUUACACAAUCAUUCUUCGAUGGGAUAAUCAAUCAGGCUUCCUCAAGCUGUGCCGGCAAGAACUUCUAUACGCGUGAUGCAUUCCUCACAGCACUUGGUUCGUAUCCUAGCUUCGGCACCACCGGAACAAGUCUUGAAAAUUACCAAGAGAUUGCCGCCUUUUUCGCCCAUGUAUCACAUGAGACUGGAGUCUUCUGUUACAUAGAAGAGAUUGGUGGCGCUUCUCAGAAUUACUGCGAUCCAUCAAGCACACAAUACCCUUGUGUCGCCGGCCAAGGGUACUAUGGCCGGGGACCGCUCCAGAUAUCGUGGAAUUAUAAUUACGGUGCGGCAGGAAACAGUAUAGGAUUUGAUGGGCUAAAUAAUCCAGGAAUUGUGGCAACCGAUGUUGUGACUUCCUUCAAGACAGCAUUGUGGUUUUGGAUGAACAAUUGCCACUCAAUCAUGAUUUCUGGCCAAGGCUUCGGGGCAACCAUCCGAGCCAUCAACGGCGCUAUUGAAUGCAAUGGUGGUAACACAGCAGCUAUGCAAGAUCGUGUUACUUAUUAUGAGACCUAUUGUACCCAAUUUGGUGUCUCACCUGGUAACUAUCUCACUUGCUAA